UACACACAAGAAUAUAAAGUGGCUUCAUCUUCAUGAUCUCCAUUGGCCAUUCAAGUAGGAACGACUGUUAAUUAAAGAAUAUAAUAAAUGGAUUUGCCGGCGGGAGAAAUGACGUUUCUGCCGAGUUUUCUACCGCAAAUGACGCCGGGGAGCAGUGCUAGUGAGAGCAUCUUUGCUCUUGGUGAUGAUAUCUUUGCUGCUCAAGCCGGAGAAAUGACGUCUCUGCCGAGUUUUCUACCGGAAAUGACGUUGGUAAAUAGUGUUAGUGAGAGCAUCUUUGCUCUUGGUGAUGAUAUUUUUGCUGCUCCGCCAAGCAGUGACAUCUUUGGAGAUUGGUUUCACUCACCAGAAAUGCCUCUUCCAUAUGCGGCUGAACCGGCGAUUCCACCGCCACCAACAACUGCCGCUAGUCCCGCCACUAAUGACGUAAUCAACGGCCGCUAUAGUGACAUCAUCAUCAUUGACGAUGUUGACGAAGAACAUACACUUCAAAGGGGAGGAAAACGUCAGCGUCGCCAUACCGCCGCGCAGAUCAAUGAAAUGGAAUCGGUUUUUAAGGUAUGUCCCAACCCAGAUGAAAGUGUAAGAAAGGAGUUGGGUCGUUCACUGGGUUUGGACGAAGCGCAAAUCAAAUUUUGGUUCCAGAACAAGCGCACCCAAACCAAGGCCCAAAAUGAACGUCAAGAUAACACGGAACUGCGCCUUGAAAACCAAAAGCUCAGGAUUCAACUAUUGAAGUACAAAAAGGCCUUUGCUAAUGUGAAUUGUCACCAAUGUGGCUGCCGAGUCCCCAACCCAUUGCCCUCCCAAGAAGACGAUUGGCUCAACUCUCAUAAUAGUUAUCUCCCCUCUCUUCUUGGGCACCAAGAACUUGCACCAAUAAGUAUGUCAAACCAAGUCGAGCCACCGCCCCUAGCCAGGGAAACCGGACGUGGGAUACUAACUGAUGAGGUUCAAAAGAGACAACGCCUCGUGACAGAAAUGGCAAGUUGUGCCAUGGAUGAACUACUUCAGAUGGCACAGCUAAAUGAGCCGUUGUGGGUCCCCUCUGCCGCAGGGGACACAUUACAUCUAGACAAAGAUGCAUAUACGAGGUUUUUCUCAGGGGUAUCUUCUACGGGGAACCCAGCAGGGCCUAAGGCUGUGGCUUCCCGUGAAAGCACCGCAGUGAAGAUGGACAUUCCCAUGCUCGUACAAGCAUUCAUGAACGUGGGCGAUUGGGCAAACAUGUUUUCUAGCAUUGUCUCCAAGGCCAUCAGCCACGAAAUUCUGUCAAUUGGAGUGGCUGGAACCUAUGACGGAGCUUUACAAGUGAUACAUGCAGAUUUCCAUUUACCAUCACCACAAGUUGUGCCUCAAACUUAUUACUUUUUGAGGUAUUGCAAGAAGAACGCGGACGGAACAUGGGCAAUCGUCGAUGCUUCUAUAGAUCAUCGACAUUUGCCUAUGUCCCAAGUGGUGGGUAGAAACUGGAGGAGACCAUCUGGGUGCCUCUUAGAAGAAGCUCCCAAAGGGUACACAAAGGUGACAUGGGUUGAACAUGUGGAGGUAGUGGAUGAGGGCAUCCAGCUUGUCAAUAUUUAUAAACCUCUCCUAUCUUCUGGCCUUGCAUUUUCCGCAAAGCGUUGGAUCGAGACGUUAAAUAGACAAUGCGAGCGUUUUGCUUCCAAGAUGUCCCUAAGCCUCCCCGCCACCCCAAACGAUAAUCUUGUGGUGAUAACCCCAGAAGGGAAAAGGAACAUAUUUGCGCUUGCAGAGAGGAUGGUAAAGAGCUAUAUGAAUGGGGUGAGUGGGUAUACAAUACAGCCAUGGAAGGUUAUCCAAGGAGGGGGAGUUGGGGUUAAUGAUGUGAGAGUGAUGGUGAGAAAAUCCAUAAGUGAAACAGGGGUGCCUUCUGGCAUUAUUUUAUGCGCAUCGACAUCUUUCUGGCUUCCCUCGGGACCGAACAAGGUAUUCCAUUUCCUACGCGACGAACGCAACCGAUCUCAGUGGGAUAUUCUUUCUAAUUCAGGUUGUGUGAAAGAAUUAACACGCAUUACAUAUGGAAGUGAUAUUGACAGUUGUGUUUCAUUGCUAAGGGGCGAGAAUCACUCCCAAGGCAACGUGAUGAUGUUACAAGAAAGUUUCACGGGUUCGAUGGGUUCCUUUGUCGUAUAUUCUUCGGUCGAUAUGUCACGAAUGAUUGUCGUUUCCCGAGGGGGAGACCCGAAAUUGGUGUCCAUUCUUCCAUCUGGAUUUGCUAUACUUCCAGAUGGGGAAAUGGGAAAUAAGUCUGGAACCCUUUUAACACUUGGGUUUCAGAUUCUAGUUGAUCAUGUUCCUACUGCAGAGCUUUCAUCAGAUUCAGUUCAGCUUGUUAAUGGGCUUAUCACAAGGACUGUGGACAAGAUCAAUUCAUUGCUUUCAUAAAAUGUUAUACCAUUGUUCUUGCAGGUGUACAUUUCAUUACCAUUUUAAUGCCAAUCCUAAUGUUUUUUUUUUAAAUAUUCUACUCUAUUAGUUCACCAAAACACUUCCUCUUUCAUUUUCUUGUCUUCCACCAAAACACUUCUACUUUUAUCCAAAACACAUCAUAUUCUUUCACCAAUAAUCUAUGUAUCACAUC